GUUUGCCCAGGACCUGUCAGACAGAGAAAGGUUCAAGAUGGCCGACCAUGUAGAUAUUCACCUGCAGUAUCAGCGAGAGGACAACUGGUACAGGAUGCGCAUGAGGGCCCAGGAAGAAAGGGAGCUGCAGAGAAAGAUGGAGGUGGAGAGGCAAAAAGAGCUGCAGAGAAAGAUGGAGGUGCAGAGGCAAAAAGAGGUGAAGAGGCAGCAAAAGGCAGCGCGGCUGCUGGAGAUGAAGAGAGAAAGAGAGAAAGAGAUGGAGGAAGAGCUGCAAAUACUGAAACGGGCAGUUCUGCAAGAGUGGGCAAAGACCACGAAUCAACAGACCUGGAGGCUGACCCAGGAAGAAAUUGAGGAAUUGCAGAGGCGCCGAGAAGAGGAACAGGCGGGGAGAAUCUACAGCAGAGACAGCAACUUCAUGCUAGAAGAAAGGGAAGAAGUUAUGGCCAAAGCAGACAGAACUGCUCAACUGGAGAAAGAGAGGGAGAUGGAGAUCCACUAG